CCCCGCGCGGUCCUUGUUCCGGGACCCCUGGGCGUGCAGCUCCUAGACCCCCGCGCCACGGGAGCGAUCUGGGCUAACCCGAGCUCCCUGUUAGCCUGGGGAAGCCGGAAGAGACCAGGCAGCGGGGGAGAGCAGCAGAGGUUGGCGGGACCCUCCCUGCACGCCCAGGGAGACAAGGGGGAUAGAGGGAGCGAGGCUGAGUUAAGCGAGGGAGCUCGGGUUCGGUGAGUUGGGUGCGGCUUGAGCUCGGGACUGGUGGCCCAGGCCCCCACGCCGGCGUCACACCCGGUCCGAAGACAGGCGGACGCAUGGCCUCGUCAUUCCUGCCCUCGGGGGCCACCACGGGUGACAGUGGCGGAGAACUGAGCUCCGGGGACGACUCCGGGGAUGUGGAAUCCCUCCAGAGCCCCGAGAUCGAGGCAUCCAGGAGCCUGCCAGAGCUGUUUGAGAAGGCUGCAGAGCACCUCCAAGGCCUGGUGCAAGUGGCCAGCAGGGAGCAGCUCUUGUACCUGUAUGCCAGGUACAAGCAGGUCAAAGUUGGAAAUUGCAAUACACCUAAACCAAGCUUCUUUGACUUUGAAGGAAAGCAAAAAUGGGAAGCAUGGAAAGCGCUUGGUGAUUCAAGCCCCAGCCAAGCAAUGCAGGAAUACAUUGCUGUAGUUAAAAAAUUAGAUCCAAGUUGGAAUCCUCAGUCACCAGAGAAGAAAGGAAAAGAAGCAAAUACGGGUUUUGGUGGGCCAGUUGUUAGUUCUCUGUAUCACGAAGAAAUCAUCAGGGAAGAAGACAAAGACAUAUUUGAUUACUGCAGGGAAAACAACAUUGGCCAUAUAACCAAAGUCAUCAAAACAAAAAACAUGGAUGUGAAUAUGAAAGAUGAAGAGGGCAGAACUUUGCUCCACUGGGCUUGUGAUCGAGGACACAAGGAACUAGUCACAGUCUUGCUGCAAUAUAGAGCUGAUAUUAACUGUCAGGACAAUGAAGGUCAAACAGCUCUACAUUAUGCUGCUGCCUGUGAGUUUUUGGACACUGUGGAGCUGCUGCUCCAGUCCGGGGCUGACCCCACGAUCCGAGACCAGGAUGGCUGCCUGCCAGAGGAGGUGACAGGGUGCAAAGCGGUUACUUUGAUGUUACAGCAGCACAUGACAGGCAAGGCUUAAUCAAAAGACUGGAAAACUACGUUUGACAACAGCACAGGGCUCCAGCGGUGGAAGAAAACUGCAAAAAUGACACGUCUUUUGCCCCCAUCUUUGGUAUAUGUUGGCUAAUAAAAUCAGUUGUGAGGAACUGGAA